CUGGGGCUCCCGAGCGCCCUGCCACUCAGUCCCCCAGCUCGGGGAGGCGUCUCCCGGCUUCGGUCCCGUUCAGCUUAAGCUGGCGUCACAUGAACCGUGGGGGAAUGGGCACCACGGGAGUGGGCGGGGGUGUGCGCGCUGGGAGGGGGCCGCCCAGUCCACCUAUAUGUGCCGCAGCCUGGCUGACGGAUGCCAGGAAUUCCCAAUGAGAGGCGAUGGGGGGAAGUUUGGGCAACUCGGCCUGGCCAAUGGAGAGCCUCGGGAGGGCUCUGCCCCUUCCCCCCGCCCCCGCCCGCCUCGCCUCCCGCAGCGCAAGUGUGUCCGCCUAGCUCAGUGUGCGUGGAGAUUAGUUAGGUCCAAGCGCCCGCCCAGAGGCAGGCAGUCCGCGAGCUCAGCCGCCGCUCUCGCCGCCAGUAGCAGCCUUCGCCAGCAGCGCCGCGGCGGAACCGGGCGCAGGGGAGCGAGCCCGGCCCCGCCAGCCCAGCCCAGCCCUACUCCCUCCCCACGCCAGGGCAGCCGCCGUUGCUCAGAGAGAAGGUGGAGGAAGAAAUCCAGCCCCUAGCACGCGCGCACCAUCAUGGACCAUUAUGAUUCUCAGCAAACCAACGAUUACAUGCAGCCAGAAGAGGACUGGGACCGGGACCUGCUCCUGGACCCGGCCUGGGAGAAGCAGCAGAGAAAGACAUUCACGGCAUGGUGUAACUCCCACCUCCGGAAGGCGGGGACGCAGAUUGAGAACAUUGAAGAGGACUUCCGGGAUGGCCUGAAGCUCAUGCUGCUGCUGGAGGUCAUCUCAGGUGAACGCUUGGCCAAGCCAGAGCGAGGCAAGAUGAGGGUGCACAAGAUCUCCAACGUCAACAAGGCCCUGGAUUUCAUAGCCAGCAAAGGUGUCAAACUGGUGUCCAUCGGAGCUGAAGAAAUCGUGGAUGGGAAUGUGAAGAUGACCCUGGGCAUGAUCUGGACCAUCAUCCUGCGCUUUGCCAUCCAGGACAUCUCCGUGGAAGAGACUUCAGCCAAGGAAGGGCUGCUCCUGUGGUGUCAGAGAAAGACGGCCCCUUACAAAAACGUCAACAUCCAGAACUUCCACAUAAGUUGGAAGGAUGGCCUCGGUUUCUGUGCCUUGAUCCACCGACACCGGCCUGAGCUGAUUGACUACGGGAAGCUGCGGAAGGAUGAUCCACUCACAAAUCUGAAUACAGCUUUUGACGUGGCAGAGAAGUACCUGGAUAUCCCCAAGAUGCUGGAUGCCGAAGACAUCGUUGGAACUGCCCGACCGGAUGAGAAAGCCAUCAUGACUUACGUGUCUAGCUUCUACCACGCCUUCUCUGGAGCCCAGAAGGCGGAGACAGCAGCCAAUCGCAUCUGCAAGGUGUUGGCCGUCAACCAGGAGAACGAGCAGCUUAUGGAAGACUACGAGAAGCUGGCCAGUGAUCUGUUGGAAUGGAUCCGCCGCACCAUCCCAUGGCUGGAGAACCGGGUGCCCGAGAACACCAUGCAUGCCAUGCAGCAGAAGCUGGAGGACUUCCGGGACUACCGGCGCCUGCACAAGCCGCCCAAGGUGCAGGAGAAGUGCCAGCUGGAGAUCAACUUCAACACACUGCAGACCAAGCUGCGGCUCAGCAACCGGCCCGCCUUCAUGCCCUCCGAGGGCAGGAUGGUCUCGGACAUCAACAAUGCCUGGGGCUGCCUGGAGCAGGUGGAGAAGGGCUAUGAGGAGUGGUUGCUGAACGAGAUCCGGAGGCUGGAGCGGCUGGACCACCUGGCAGAGAAGUUCCGGCAGAAGGCCUCCAUCCACGAGGCCUGGACUGACGGCAAAGAGGCCAUGCUGCGACAGAAGGACUAUGAGACAGCCACCCUCUCGGAGAUCAAGGCCCUGCUGAAGAAGCAUGAGGCCUUCGAGAGUGACCUGGCUGCCCACCAGGACCGUGUGGAGCAGAUUGCCGCCAUCGCACAGGAACUCAAUGAGCUGGACUAUUAUGACUCACCCAGUGUCAACGCCCGUUGCCAAAAGAUCUGUGACCAGUGGGACAAUCUGGGGGCCCUAACUCAGAAGCGAAGGGAAGCUCUGGAGCGGACCGAGAAACUGCUGGAGACCAUUGACCAGCUGUACUUGGAGUAUGCCAAGCGGGCCGCACCCUUCAACAACUGGAUGGAGGGGGCCAUGGAGGAUCUGCAGGACACCUUCAUUGUGCACACCAUUGAGGAGAUCCAGGGACUGACCACAGCCCAUGAGCAAUUCAAGGCCACCCUCCCUGAUGCUGAUAAGGAGCGUCUGGCUAUCCUGGGCAUCCACAACGAGGUGUCCAAGAUUGUCCAGACCUACCACGUCAAUAUGGCGGGCACCAACCCCUACACAACCAUCACGCCUCAGGAGAUCAAUGGCAAAUGGGACCACGUGCGGCAGCUGGUGCCUCGGAGGGACCAAGCUCUGACGGAGGAGCACGCCCGACAGCAGCACAAUGAGAGGCUACGCAAGCAGUUUGGGGCCCAGGCCAAUGUCAUCGGGCCCUGGAUCCAGACCAAGAUGGAGGAGAUCGGGAGGAUCUCCAUUGAGAUGCACGGGACCCUGGAGGACCAGCUCAGCCACCUGCGGCAGUAUGAGAAGAGCAUUGUCAACUACAAGCCAAAGAUUGAUCAGCUGGAGGGCGACCACCAGCUCAUCCAGGAGGCGCUCAUCUUCGACAACAAGCACACCAACUACACCAUGGAGCACAUCCGUGUGGGCUGGGAGCAGCUGCUCACCACCAUUGCCAGGACCAUCAACGAGGUGGAGAACCAGAUCCUGACCCGGGAUGCCAAGGGCAUCAGCCAGGAGCAGAUGAAUGAGUUCCGGGCCUCCUUCAACCACUUUGACCGGAAGAAGACAGGCAUGAUGGACACGGAUGAUUUCCGCGCCUGCCUGAUCUCCAUGGGUUACAACAUGGGAGAAGCAGAAUUUGCCCGCAUCAUGAGCAUUGUGGACCCCAACCGCCUGGGGGUAGUGACAUUCCAGGCCUUCAUUGACUUCAUGUCCCGCGAGACAGCCGACACAGAUACAGCAGACCAAGUCAUGGCUUCCUUCAAGAUCCUGGCCGGGGACAAGAACUACAUUACCGUGGACGAGCUGCGCCGUGAGCUGCCGCCUGACCAGGCCGAGUACUGCAUCGCGCGGAUGGCCCCCUACACCGGCCCCGACUCCGUGCCAGGUGCUCUGGACUACAUGUCCUUCUCCACGGCACUGUACGGCGAGAGUGACCUCUAAUCCACCCUGCCCGGCCGCCCUCGUCCCGUGCGCCGUGCCCUGCCUUGCACCUCCGCCGUCGCCCAUCUCCUGCCUAGGUUUGGUUUCAGCUCCCAGCCUCCACCGGGGCGAGCUGGGGCCCACGUGGCAUCGAGCCUCCCUGCCCGCGAAGUGACAGUUUACAAAAUUAUUUUCUGCAAAAAAGAAAAAAAAAAGUUACGUUAAAAACCAAAAAACUACAUAUUUUAUUAUAGAAAAAGUAUUUUUUUCUCCACCAAAUGGAAAAAAAAGAGGAAAGAUUAACUAUUUGCACCAAAUUGUCUUGUUUUGUUGUGACAUAGGAAAAUAACCAAGCACAAAGUUAUAUUCCAUCCUUUUUACUGAUUUUUUUUCUUCUUCUAUCUGUUCCAUCUGCUGUAUUCAUUUCUCCAAAUCUCAUGUCCACUUUGGUGUGGGAGUCGGGGUAGGGGGUACUCUUGUCAAAAGGCACAUUGGUGCAUGUGUGUUUGCUAGCUCACUUGUCCAUGAAAAUAUUUUAUGAUAUUAAAGAAAAUCUUUUGAAAUGGCUGUUUUUUAAGGA